CAUGUUGGAUGAUGACAACAAUGAUUUGUUGGCUUCGGCUUCAGAAAUACAACGCAAUCGUUUAUAUUUUGUGGCGUUCAAAAAGAAUUUCAAGCCGAAAAAUACACCCAGCACACAUUACUUCAGCAUCGAUGAUGAUUUUAUCUAUGAGAAUUUUUACAAUGAUUUUGGGCCGCUGAAUAUAUGUAUGCUGUAUCGCUAUUGUCAGAAGCUAAAUGCCAAAUUGAGCAACAAAACGCUGGCGAGUAAGAAAAUUGUACACUAUACGUCCAUGAAUCCGGCAAAGAGGGUAAAUGCUGCAUAUCUGAUAGGAGCAUUUUCGAUAAUCUAUCUAAACAAAACCCCCGAAGAAGCCUACCGCCCUCUAGUUGUAGGCGAUAUACCCGCCUAUACUCGAUUCUGUGAUGCCUCGUACGGUCCAAGUGGUUAUAAAAUCUCCCUUAUCGAUUGCCUCAACGCUGUUUCGAAGGCCAUGAAAGCGGGAUUCUUUAAUUUUGAAGAUUUCGACGCCGAAGAAUAUGAAUAUUAUGAACGUGUUGAAAACGGUGAUUUCAAUUGGAUUGUACCACAGAAAUUUAUAGCAUUUUGUGGACCACAUCAAAAAUCUAAAACACUGCCAAACGGUUAUCCUUGCCAUUCGCCCGAAACAUAUUUCGAAUAUUUUCGCAGUAAUAAUGUAACAACAAUAAUACGACUGAAUGCCAAGGUGUAUCAUGCCUCCAGUUUUGAGAAUGCCGGUUUCGAUCAUAAGGAUCUGUUUUUUAUUGAUGGCAGUACGCCGAGUGAUUUGAUAUUGAAGAAAUUCUUGCAGAUAUGUGAAACGACAAAGGGUGCCAUUGCAGUGCAUUGUAAAGCUGGUCUUGGUCGCACUGGAAGCUUGAUUGGCGCCUACAUUAUGAAACACUAUAAUUUCUCAGCUCUGGAAGCGAUUGCUUGGUUACGUCUUUGCCGUCCUGGAUCUGUUAUCGGACAUCAACAACAAUGGAUGGAAGACAAACAAUCCUGGCUCUGGUCCGAAGGUGAACGCUUGCGUAAACGUACCAGCUCACAAACCCCCGUACAUAAAUACGGCAUUUACAGUUUAAUCUAUAAAAAUUGUCCUGUAACUGCUGGCCAGUUACUUGUCAAUACGGAAAAUAAUACCGAACUUCUAAUGACUCGGGUCAAAGGCAUAUCACAAAAGGUCGAUACCAUGCAUUUGCAUGAAGAUCAAACCGAUUCAAAUCAAUUGGAUUCCCUGGAUUCCUAUGAGAAUGGUAAUAAACCGUCGGCAGUGAGUAAUAUAACGGCUACGAAUACUACAGCAAAAACAACGCCACGUUCACGUAUCCUGACCAGUAGUAAAGAUGGUGCUAUAACACCACCAACAAGUGCCAGCGAUAAUGAUAAUGAUGUCACCGAAACUGAAGAGGAUUCAACGGCAUCAAAUCUUAAUUCAACAUUUAUUGUUUCACGUAGACCUACUGGUGGUAGUGGUGCUCCACUUUAUUCGGAAAAGAAAUUAAAGAAACCCUCCGUCUAUGAACCGGCUGCUGCUCUACAGCGACCAACAAUAGCAUCAACAGUUAAAAUGACCCAGGCUGCAAUUGAAAAGAAAAAUGCUCAAACUCAGGGUGAUAAACUUAAUCAAAUUAAGGCUAUGCGUCGUCAGCAUAAUUCACGUUCGGGUGGUGCUACAGUUGAAACGGAGAAUCCUUUACGCCACACACGGGCCCGAUCCCAACCAUUUCGCAAUAACAACAACAUUGUCAAUAUGUUACCUACAAAUAAUGCAACAGGUGGACAACUUCUGGCAAAUACGGCCAUGGCUGGUAAAACUACCGCAAAUGAAUGUGCUGCAGCAACAAAUAAUUUAUUAAAUAAUAACAACAAUAUUAAUAAUAAUAACAAUAGUUGCAAUAAUAACAAUAACAACAAUAAUAACAUUAUUAGCAGUAAUGGUGGUACUAAUCCAACAGCCACCUCCUCAACAACAACCACAACGGCAUCGGGUAUUAACAAUUCGACCAUAACAACAAGAGCACGCAGUUUAGCCAUUUAUAGUAAACGAAUGGGUCUAAUGCAUUUACGUAAAGCCGAACAGCAACAAAUCACCCACAAUGUCACUGCCGUCAACAACAACAAUAAUAAUAACAAUAACAUCAACACCACAACAACAAGUCUCAGCAAACAAACAAAAACCUAUCAAAAUACCCUCAUCAGUUCAGCAACGUCCAGUGGUGGUGGUGGUGGUGGCGUAGAAAGUAAAAUACCCAUUGUCAGAGCCACAGCAGCUUUAUUAGAUUUAAAUCCGGUUGUGGGAACAGCUGUUUCCUCCGGUGCAGGUAUGGUUGGCUCUUGUGCCACAAUACCACCAUCCAGAAGUUCCAAUCGUUUGUCAAGUUUGUUGCACAGUAGUGGCGCAACUGGUGCGGCUGGUAGUUCCACGCAUCACAUGACCUUGCGUGGCCGCUCACGUUUACGUUAUCAUCAUCGCCAUAAUGAGGGAGGUGGUGUGAGUGGUGGUCAACCGCCACCUUGUACUAUAACCACUGCUCGUUAUUAUCGUGAUGUUUCAGCUUUGCCUCAGGUUUUAGGUGGCCUAGGUGGUGGUGGUGGUGGCAGUGGCAUUGCAGGUGGUGUCGGUGUCGGCGGUGGUCUAACAACACGUUCAUCAUCAGCUAAUUUGGAUUUCAAUUCCAAUCCCGUUAACACGCUGGAAGAGGGCAUCGGCAGCAGUAGCGGCAGCAAUAUGAACAUUAACAGCAGCAACAACAACAAUAAUAACAACAAUAACACCCAGUCCACUAGUAAUAUUAGUAGUAGUUGUAGUAAAUUAGAAGAACGCCUUGGUCAGAUACCCAAUAACAACAGAAAAUCGCCGCAAAUAUCAUCAUCCACUUCCACUUCUUCCUCAUGUACAGCUACCUCAGUUUCGGCCAAUCAUUCAAAUUCCUCCUCAGAUGCAGAAACCCUUAAGUCCACAACUAAUAAUAAUACCAAUACCAACAACAACAAUACCAAUUCAAAUCUCACAAGCCAUUCGAACAGUAAUAACAACAAUAGCAACAACAACAACAGUAAUAUCCCCCUUGAUAAUAAUUUUAUUCUAAACACACAACUAAACACAAAUUUCUCUACAUCUAAUUUUUCUACCAUCAUUCACAUUGAUGUUCCUCCCGGCGGUCCAACCAUUUCUUCCUCCUCCUCCCCAUCGCCCAUUAAUGACAUUUCCUUGACCAUUUCCAAUACAACACCUACACCACCAAUCCCCCUACCACAAUCAAUAACCUAUUUAACCUCAUCAUCAACCUCUUGUUGUUCCUCACCAACUCACCAUCUCACCAAUUUAGAUACAAAUCGUCUUAGUCGAAAUUCACAAAGGUCUUCAUUGGGUACCGGCACAACAUCAACUUCUUCGCACAUACCCUCAUGCAGCAGCAGCAGUCCUUAUGGUGGUGGUGUGACCAGUGGCGGCGGCGGCAGUAACAUAAAACGCAACAAACGUUCCUUGAGUAGUACUCGCAUCGAAAAGGAUAAAUGUGAUGAGUACAACAACAAAUUAUUAAGGAAAACCAGCAACAACAAUCAAACAACGUCCAACAACAACAACAGCAACUCAGCAGCUGCUACCUCUUCUGUUGCCAGCAUAACAACAACAACAGGCUCAUCAUCAACGUCCAGUAGUACUUCAACUCUAACCGGUGGUGGUAGUUUUCGUUCCCGUUAUCUUCGCCACACUACCUCCGGCCAUUUGGUAGAAUCGACAACGGCUUCCUCUACAUCUUCGGCAUCUACAUCGGGUAUACCCACACCCACUAGUCAAGGUAUGUAUAUGCCACGUGGCAAAUAUAGCUCGUCGGUGCUGGCUACCAACACCAGCGGCAGCAAUGAACGUGACCAACAGCAACAACAACACCAGCAGCAGCAACAGCAACAACGUUUGUCACUUAAGCUGCGCAAAAAAAUAAGUUACUAG